UCAAAUAAUAGGGAUCAACAUAGAUCUAGAUAAAAAUAACAAAAUCGAAAGUUCAGUUAGGUUUUAUCCUCCAGAGCUUCCCACAUUCCUCCCAUAAUGAUAAAACUUAUAAUUGGACUAGCCAAAUACAUUAUUUUCAUCUUCAAUUUUAUUUUUGUGAUUUUCGGCGCAUUGUUGAUACUGUAUGGCCUUUUACCUAUUGUAAAUGGAGGUUAUGAUAGCUCCUAUGGCAAGAUUGCAAUUGCUGUUGGUACAUUGGUUUUUAUUAUAUCCUUUUUAGGAUGUUGUGGUGCUGUUAGAGAAAACAAGAAUCUUCUUACCGCACAUGCUGCGAUCCUCUUCGUUUUAUUCUUAAUACAAAUGUUGAUAGUUAUGAUAGCUAUAGCGGAAACUAGCGACACCAAAGGAAUAGAUGAUAAACUCGACAAGUUCAUAUAUUCUCAAGACAAGCACCGCAUUCAGUACAUAAGAGAAAUCGAAAAAUGGCUUGAAUGUUGUGGUGUACGAAACUCAACGGAUUACACCAAUAGAGGAAUGCCCUUGCCUGGAUCUUGCUGUGGUGAGUCUGAAGAUGUGGACUCAAACAACCAAAGGACGUGUACUCCUGGCAUUGAGUACAAAGAUGGAUGUGGACCGAAAUUGAGAAACUAUAUUGAUGAUAAUUACGAAUAUAUUAGCUUGAUGGUUAUAGGAUCUUCAAUAUUUGAGAUAUUUGGAGGAAUUUUCAUAUUGUGGACAAGAGAUCAUCUUGGACGACGUUAAAAUGUUUUCCGAAAUCGUAAAUGACAGUGGCGUGUCUAGCAUUUGAGAUAUAGGGAAGCUGCUCCACCUUUAUUUCGAUAUUUGAAAUGUUAUGUGGAAUAUAUAGAAAACAUAAACACACAUUCAGUUAUUAAACGAAUAAUUAUAAAAA